AUGAAGAGCUUCAUCGCCAUUGCAGCCUUCGCUGCCGGCACCAAUGCCCUGGUCGGUCGUAGCGAUAGCUGCUGCUUCCACUUGACUGCCUCCGGUGGCGUGUCCGGAACCCUUGGCCAGCUCAGUGAUGGUCAGGUCCGUGUCGGCGACGAUAGUCUGUCCGCGGCUACCUUCUGUAUCAACUCGAGCGGUGCCAUCACUGACAGUGCCGGCCGUGGCUGCAUCCUCACUACCGAGACUACCCAGUUCCAGUGUGACACUGGUGCUACUGCCACUUCUGGCUUUUCCAUCACCUCUUCCGGUGAAUUGGAAUAUCACGGCAGCCCUAACUUCAUUGCCUGUGAGACUGGCGAGAAUGGUGGCCGCAACAUCUACACUACCAACAGCACCUCUGUUACUAUGUGCAAGAAGGUCGAGCUGACUGCUGAUUCCUGCUCCGGCUCUGGUGCCGGUGCUUCCUCUUCUUCUAUGAUGCCUUCUUCGUCUUCCAUGAUGCCUUCUGCUUCUCAGUCUAGCGUCAUGGUGGCUCCUAGCUCUUCUGCUCCGGCUCCUAGCUCUUCUGCCCCGGCUCCUAGCUCUCCUGCCCCAGCUCCUAGCUCUCCUGUCAGCUCCAAUUCCGCUUCUUCUGCGCCUGCUCCCUCUGCUGCUACUCUCUGGGGCUCGCCUAUCUAUGUGACCAGCACCGUGACAGUUACUGACUGUAGCUGCCCUAACAACACUCCUGGCUUCCCUGCUCCUAGCGGCUCUGCUCCUUCUGGUAGUGCACAGCCCUCUGGAGCUGCUGGUGGUUCAACCCCUAGCGCCUCUGCUGCCCCAUCUCCCUCUGAGUCGUCUGUUCCUAGCCCCUCCUCUCCCUCUGGCAGUGCUCAGCCCUCUGGACCCGCCGGUGGUUCAACCCCUAGCGCCUCUGCUGCCCCAUCUCUCUCUGAGUCGUCUGUUCCUAGCCCCUCAUCUCUCUCUAGCAGCGCUCAGCCCUCUGGACCUGCUGCUGGCGCAUCCACCGCCGCUUCAAGCCCUGCUCAGUCCCCUGUGCCCACCACUAGCUCUAUGGUUGUUCCGUCUUCCAGCACCUCCGCUAGCUCAUCCUCCACCACUAGCUCUAUGGUUGUUCCGUCUUCCAGCACCUCCGCUAGCUCAUCCUCCACCGCUGCUACUGCGACCCAGUCGUCUGCCGGCAGCUGCGCCACCACCCUCAUUUCUGGCGAGUACCAGUACCCCCACCUGAUUAUCCCUAUCAACUCUUCCUCCCCCGAUACCGCCUACGGUACCCAGUACUUCGGCACUGUGAGCGAGACUGUCUCGACCAUCUUCAACUUUGACAUCCCGUCCUCCUACGAGGGUUCGACUUGCAACCUGCUCUUCAUGUUCCCCGAGAAGGCCGAUCUCGAGACCUCCGACUACACCUUCAGCGGCAACGGCAAGAUUGACUUCUCCAAGCUGUCUGAGGUCGCGAGCAGCUCCACUACCUACAACAACGCCCCCUCCGUUUCCGAGAACCUUGGUGACAUUACCAUCACUCCCGGAAACACCUACGUUGUCUCAACCUUCUCCUGCCCCGCUGGUGAGACCGUCGCCUACGAGAUGUCCGAGGCCGGUACCACUUAUCUCAACUGGUUCAAUGACUGGAACCCCUCUCCUCUGGGUGUCUUCAUCACCAAGUGCUAA